UGUGUUUCUGUCCUUUCAUGGUUCCACUAUAAGAAACAGCAAGACAACCCAUAUUUUUGAAUCAGUUGCGGUUAAUAUUUGCUUUGCUUGCAAGUAAUCCAGGUGAAUAAGGCUUCUGGCCACAAAGAUUAGGUGUUUCCUAGUAGUAAAGCCCCUAGUCACUUGUAAAACAUGAGAUUCCUACGAUUCAUACUUCUUGUUAUUUAAAGGUCAGGACUCAGGUUGAAAUUAGCUGCAGGCUUCAAAUCAGUUGGUGACAUUAGGAAUACAGUAGGCUUCUGGGGUCUCAUAAGGCUAUUAUAGUUCAAAAGAGUGACCAUUUUGGCACAAAACAAGAAGGUUGAAAUUGGUUCACAAUUGCAACCAUAACUAAUUUAGAAGGGGAGAAAAUGCUUUUAUUAUUGAAAAUGAAGGGAUCUAGUCAACUUAUUCAAAUUCCAAAAACCAAUCUCUCUCUUUUUCUCUCUGUUGCUUCUAAAUCAUCCAGCUCAUUACCUCUAUCCUCUGAAAUAAAAACUGAAAUUGAAAGAAUCACCAGAAUCAUCAAUGACCAUCCAUUUCCUGAUGAACCACUUCAACCUACCCUUCUCCAGCAGAUCCCACCCAUUGCCCUUUCUGUAUCUUUUGUGGAGAGUGUUCUUGGUCGACUCUUUGCAGCACACUCAAAUGGUCUGAAAGCCUUGGAGUUCUUCAAGUAUUCCUUCCACUAUUCUCAGCUUACUCCAAGCGUGGACGCUUUUGAAAAGACGCUCCACAUCCUCACACGCAUGCGCUAUUUUGAUAAAGCUUGGGAAUUGAUGAUAGAAAUGGGACACACACACCCUUACUUGCUUACCCUUAAAUCAAUGAGCAUCAUGUUAGCAAAAAUUGCAAAGUUCCAAUCCUAUGAAGAUACCCUUAAAGCAUUCAAAAGGAUGGAGACUGAUGUUUUUGUUGGGAGAAAUUUUAGUACUGAUGAGUUCAAUGUCCUCCUUCGAGCUUUUUGCUCACAGAGGGAGAUCAAGGAGGCCAGAUCAGUAUUCCAAAAGAUGCAUUCUCGAUUUUCUCCUGAUACCAAGACCAUGAAUAUUCUGCUUUUGGGAUUCAAGGAAUCAGGCAAUGUUGCUGCAAUGGAACUUUUUUUCCAUGACAUGGUUCGAAGAGGUUUCAAGCCUAACAGUAUGACAUAUAACAUUCGGAUUGAUGCUUACUGUAAAAAGGGAUGUUUGGGGGAUGGUCUGCGACUUCUUGAAGAAAUGGAACAGGUCCACUGCUUGCCUACACUUGAAACAAUCACUACUUUGAUUCAUGGAGCUGGAGUUGCUCGAAAUAUGCCAAAGGCAAAGCAGUUGUUUGAUGAAAUUCCCAAAAGGAAUUUACAACCAGAUGUUGGAGCUUAUAAUGCUUUGAUCAGUUCUCUUAUUAGGUCCAGAGAUAUAAAGUCUGCGAUUGAAUUGAUGGAUGAAAUGGAGAGGAAGCAGAUUGAGUAUGAUGGUUUGACGUAUCAUACAAUGUUUUUAGGAAUGAUGAAGUUGAGUGGUAUUGAGGGAGUUUGUGAGCUUUACUAUAAAAUGACACAGAGAAAUUUCAUUCCUAAGACCCGAACAGUGGUGAUGCUAAUGAAAUAUUUUUGUGAAAAUCAGAAUCUGGAUUUGGGUUUAAAUUUGUGGGAUUAUCUAGUAGAGAAAGGGUAUUGUCCUCAUAGUCAUGCAUUGGAUCUUUUAGUAACAGGAUUGUGCUCCCGAGGACGGUUGCCAGAAGCAUUUGAAUGCUGCAAGCAAAUGUUGGAGAGAGGAAGGCAUAUGAGUGAAUCAGUAUAUCGUAUGAUUCAAAGAUUUUUAAAGCAGUAUGAUGAGAUGGACAAGUUGAUGGACCUCGACAGGAUGAUAAUGAAACUGCAAUCUGUUUUGCCUUCAUCUAGAGGGCAAGCUAUUGGUUCCACAUGCUGAGUUUUGAAGUAACAUUGUUUCUUGCAAAAUAUAUAGAAGCUGGAUUCAUUUUAUCCGAAUUGGUUCUGACCUGUUUUUACCCAUUAUCUCUUAGCUGCGCUAUGUGACAGCUCACUGAAUUUGAUGAUAUAAUUUGUUUCUUCAAUGAUGGUUCAAAGAUGGAAAGUGCACUGACAGAAGUUAUUGUCAUUUA